AUGAGUGGCGGUGGCCUGUGCAUGCGCUCGGCGGCGGCGGCGGCGCGUUCCUGCCGCGUGCUGGCGGCCGUCAGGGCGAGCCGGCGCUCACUGCACGCCAGUCCGCCCAGCCGAGCUUUCGCCAAGCAGCUCUUCCUAGGCACAAUCGAGAAGAAGGAAGUUUUCCCGUUUCCAGAAGUUACUCAAGAAGAACUUAAUGAAAUUAAUCAGUUUGUGGGACCAGUAGAAAAAUUCUUCUCUGAAGAGGUGGACUCUCGAAAAAUUGACCGGGAGGGAGAAAUUCCAAAAGAAACUUUGGAGAAACUGAAGAGCCUAGGGCUUUUUGGCAUGCAGGUCCCAGAAGAAUAUGGUGGCCUGGGCCUCUCCAACACCUUGUAUGCGCGGUUAGGGGAAAUCACCGCCCUGGACGCAUCUAUUACUGUGACCUUGUCAGCGCACCAGGCUAUUGGCCUUAAGGGGAUCAUCCUGACAGGCACUGAGGAACAGAAGACCAAGUACUUGCCCAGACUGGCGACGGGGGAACACAUCGCAGCCUUCUGCCUCACAGAGCCAGCCAGCGGGAGUGAUGCUGCAUCUAUCCAGACCAGGGCCACAUUAAGUGAAGAUAAGAAGCAUUACAUUCUCAAUGGCUCUAAGAUCUGGAUAACCAAUGGAGGACUGGCCGAUAUUUUUACUGUGUUUGCAAAGACAGAAGUUGUUGAUGCCAACAAUUUAACAAAAGACAAAAUCACAGCAUUCAUAGUAGAAAGAAACUUUGGUGGAAUCACUAACGGGAAACCUGAAGAUAAGCUGGGCAUCCGUGGCUCCAACACUUGUGAAGUCCAUUUUGAAAACACCAAGGUGCCCAUCGAAAAUGUCCUUGGAGAGGUAGGAGGUGGUUUUAAGGUGGCCAUGAACAUCCUCAACAGUGGGCGGUUCAGCAUGGGCACCACUGUGGCUGGGAUGCUCAAGAAAUUGAUUGCAAUGACUGCUGAAUACGCCUGCACGAGGAAACAGUUCAACAAGAACCUCAGUGAAUUUGGAUUAAUUCAGGAGAAAUUUGCCCUGAUGGCUCAGAAGGCGUACGUGAUGGAAAGCAUGGCCUACCUCACCGCAGGGCUGAUGGACCGGCCGGGCUUUCCCGACUGCUCCAUUGAGGCUGCCAUAGUGAAGGUGUUCAGUUCAGAGGCUGCCUGGCAGUGUGUGAGUGAGGCGCUGCAGAUCCUCGGGGGUUCAGGCUACAUGCGAGACUACCCUUACGAGCGCCUGCUCCGAGACGCCCGCAUCCUUCUCAUCUUCGAGGGGACCAAUGAGAUUCUCCGGAUGUACAUCGCCCUGACGGGUCUGCAGCAUGCUGGCCGCAUCCUGACCGCAAGGAUCAACGAGCUGAAACAGGGAAACAUAAGCACAGUUAUAGAGACUGUUGGACGGAGGCUUCGGGACUCACUAAGCCGUACCGUGGACCUGGGGCUGACCGGCAAGCUGGGUGUUGUGCACCCCAGUCUUGGGGACAGUGCCAACAAGCUAGAGGAGAACGUAUAUUACUUUGGUCGCACUGUUGAGACAUUGCUGCUCCGCUUUGGCAAGACCAUCGUAGACGAGCAGAUGGUGCUGAAGCGCGUUGCCAACAUCCUCAUCAACCUGUAUGCCAUGACGGCAGUCCUGUCGCGGGCCAGCCGCUCGAUUCGCAUUGGACUCCGAAACCAUGACCACGAGGUUCUGUUGGCCAACAUCUUCUGUGUGGAAGCUUAUACCCAGAACCUCUUAGCCCUGUCUCAGCUGGAUAAGUAUUCUCCAGAAAAUCUAGACGAACAGAUUAAGAAGGUGGCCCAGCAGGUCCUGGAGAAGCGAGCCUACAUCUGUGCCCACGCCCUGGACCAGACAUCCUGAGGUGGGAGGGCGGUGCUCCCACCUCCACAACCAUAG